AUGGAAAGGAAACAAGAACUGUAUGAAAAUUUAAUUGAAAAUUAUAAGCAAUUCCCUUGUUUAUGGGACAUUAAAUGUGAAGGAUAUAAAAAUAGAGUGCUAAAGGACGAAGCAUAUGAAAAUUUAUUACCCAUUUAUCAAAAAAUUGAUCCAAAUGCAAAUUUGGAAUGUUUAAAAAAGAAAAUAAAUUCAAUGAGAACUUCAUUCAGAAGAGAAUUGUGUAAGGUUAGAAAUUCGAAAAAAAAAACUGGAAGCGCUCCAGAAGAUGUACAUACUCCUACAUUAUGGUACUACGACUUAUUUCAUUUUUUAAUAGAAGACGAAUCAGGGAGAGAAGGAAUUGAUAAUAUUGACUUCGAACUUGAGAAUAUGGUAAGUAUUGUAGUAGCUACAUAA